AUGGAAACGACCGCAACGGAUAUCCAGGCCGGAAUGAUGCCCAUCGGGUCGGUUAUAGCCUACCCGGUCAACCGAGAGAUUCCACCAUGCUGGCUAAAGUGCGAUGGGAGUUAUUUUAGUUACACGCACGAGAACCUGUCCAGGAUACUCCCCACCUCGUAUACUCCGGAUUACCGGGGACGUUUUCUCUUGGGCAGUAGCUUUGUGUACAGUCUCGGAGCCACAGGGGGAGCCGCCACCCACAAGUUAACCAUCAACGAGAUGCCGGCCCAUUCUCAUUCAGCUGAUACCAGCUUCCUGACAAAACACAGCGGCCAAACGGUAUACGAUAUUUGGACAACGCGGGUCAAUGAUUUGAAGUACAAAUGGUCCAGUAAAACAGCCAACACGGGCGGCAGUAUGCCGCAUAACAACAUGCCACCAUAUCAUGCUGUCAAUUUUCUUAUUCGAGCCUGCUAG